AUGGAGAAGACCCGAUUGUUGAAUUCCGACCUAAUUGAUCAAACUUAUAAAUAUGAAAUUGGUACAUUAAGUUCUCAUGUAUCAAAAGCUUCUCAGCUGAAAAUAAAAGCUCAAAUACAGUAUAAUCCUUUGAGGUUUCAACAAUCACCUUUUAAUCAUCACUACAAAAGCAUUGAAAAAGGAGCAACAUAUGAAGAAAGCAAUAAAAGUUAUGUUGUGAAAGCCGUCACUGUACCAUCUUCUGAGUCAGAAUCUGAAGCUUUCAACUCCAAUAACAUUGUCCACUCUGUCAAAAAUUUCAUGGCGGUUUUGUACCAAUUUAUUAACCCUUAUGCAAUGUAUGGUCGAUCAUCAGCGGCAAUUUCUGCGUCUCUCGUUGCAGUACAAUGUCUAUCAGAUAUAACUCCGUUGUUUUUUAUUGGUUUGUUACAGGCUUUGAUACCUCACUUGUUUAUGGAUCUUUACGUUAAUGGAGUGAAUCAAGUGUUUGAUUUUGAAAUUGAUAAGAUAAACAAACCAUAUCUUCCAUUGGUUGCUGGGAAAAUAUCCUUCAGAAGUUGUGCAAUUAUUGUUGCCUUAUCUGCAAUUUUGGGUUUAGGGCUUAACUUGAUGAUAGGUUCUACUGCAUUGAUUUGGAACUUUGUGUUGUCCGCAACAUUAUGGACUUGCUAUUCUGUGAAUUUGCCUUUCUUACGAUGGAAGCAAUAUCCGGUGAUGGCAUCAUUAGUCACGAUUGUUACUUGGGCAUAUAUAUUUCCAAUUACAUACUUCCUUCAUAUGCAGACGUUUGUGUUGAAGAGGCCACUUCUGUUUACAAGAUCUCUGAUUGUAUCUCUGCUGUUCAUGAGUUUCUACACUACUGGUAUAGCAUUAGCAAAGGAUAUACCUGACGUAGAAGGAGAUAUAAAACAUGGCGUUAAUUCUUUCUCAGCACGUUUAGGCCAAAAAAAAGUAUUUUGGAUUUGUGUUUUCCUAUAUGAAAUGGCAUUUGGAGUAGCCUUCUUGGCAGGAGCAUCAUCCUCAUCUCCCUUCUCGAUUAAAUUUGUCACGUGUCUUGGAAAUGUUGUUCUUGGUUCAAUUCUGUGGUACCAGACCAAAUACGUAGACGUGACAAAUCCAGCUUCCACUAGAUCCUUCUAUUCAUUGAACUGGAAGUUAAUGAUGGGAGCACACGUUCUCCUUCCUUUAAUUAAAUAAAUGCAACACAAUAACAUACAGACCCUUCGACUUCUAAAUGAUCAUCUAAAUUUAUUGAAGCCAUAUAUGUGUUCCCUGUUAGGAAUGUAAAUCUAGAAUCACAACUGAUUUAACUGUCAUUAGACAGUUUACAUUUUGUACAUAUAU